AUGAGUUACUUCCUGUCUUACUGCAAAGCUCAUGGCAGCUCUCUUCUCACGGGCUACCAGGCCCUACGUGCUGAAGGCUUCUUGUGCGACGUGAUACUGGAGGUCGAGGGCAGUGAGUUCCCAGCGCACAGGUCACUUCUAGCAUGCUCCAGCGACUACUUCAGGGCCCUGUUCAAGAGUCACACUAGGGAAUCACAGGCUCAUGUAAUUCACCUGCAUGUGCCAUCAGCGACCGGCCUGCAGCGUCUGCUGGACUUUAUCUACACUGCCUGGCUGCCCCUUUCCAUGGACACUGUGGAGGACACUCUAGAGGCAGCCAGCUACCUGCAAGUCACGGAGGCCUUAGGGCUGUGUGGCCACUACCUGGAACGUCAGCUUGCCCCAGAGAAUUGCUGCUUCACUGCCAAUGUGGCUGCUCGCUUUGGCCUGGCUCACACCCUUGGUGCAGCUGAGCGCUGCAUCGUGCGCCACCUGCGGGAGCUACUACUAAUGGGCGCUGGCCCCUCGGGACUGCUGGAACUCAACCCUAUAUCAAUGAAGGUUGUGCUGGGUGCCCCUGACGUGGCACGGGUGGCUGAGACGCAGUUGCUGGGCCUGGCACUAGCCUGGCUGAGGCAGGAGCCUGCGACCCAGCGCCUGGCACAUAGUUCAACACUGCUUGGGUGUAUCCGCUUUGGCUUGGUGCCUGCGGGUGUGUUGAGGCGCGUGUACUCAGGCUCUGGUCUUACUUUACCUACUCGGAUCAAGGGCCUCAUCAUCCAGGCCCUUAAUUACCACACGGCACCUUCUCGCCAGCCGUUCCUGCAGGGAGAACAGACUAGUAUCCGGAGUCCCCAGACACGCAUCUUACUGGUUGGUGGUCUUAGAGCGAGGGAGACUGUUACUGAAGAAAUUGUGGUCCUACCAGAGGUGGUUAGGAAUCGGCGCCCUGCACCUGAACCGGAGGAAGAGGAGGAAGAGGAGGAAGAAGAGAUGAAGGAGGAGGAGUGGGAGCUCACCCAGGAUGUGGUGUCCUUUGACGUGUACAACCACAGCUGGCGCAGCCUGACAAGGCUGCCGGCACCGCUGCUAGGCCACAGUGUAUGUGCCAUGGGCAACUUCCUAUUUGUCCUGGGAGGGGAGAGCCUUUCUGGUAGUCCACCUAGCUCCCCGGCGGAUGGCCCAAGGUUUGUCACAGCCUCAGUGCACCGGUAUGACCCGCGCUUCCACACUUGGACAGAGGUGCCCGCCAUGCGAGAAGCACGGGCCUACUUCUGGUGUGGAGUGGUAGGCGACAAUCUCCUGGCCGCUGGGGGCUUGGGCUCCUGUGGCGAAGCACUGGCCUCAGUGGAGAUGUACGACCUGCGCAGGGACCGCUGGGUGGCAGCUGGGGAGAUGCCGCGGGCACUGCACGGUCACGCAGGUGCUGUUGGAGACCAUGGCGUCGUGUACAUCUCUGGGGGCAAGGCUUGGAGAGGUGAAGGAGGCACAAGUAGCCUCCGGGAUAUGUACUCCCUUAGCCCUGGAGAAAGGGCAUGGAGGAAGAGGGCACCCAUGGGCACAGCUCGCUAUGGGCAUUACCUUGCGGUGCUGCGAGGCGCAGUGUUUGCCUUUUUGGGAAGGUAUGAGCCCUUCUCUGAGAUUGAACGCUAUGACCCCAGCACAGACCAGUGGACUCGGUUGCGGUCACUACCCUAUGAUCGCUUCUGCUAUGGACUUGCUGUGGUAGAAGACACAGUGCUGCUACUGGGCGGUCUCAAGUGGCGGGAUUCACGCCAGGUGCCAACCCGUAACGUAGUGGGCUAUGACCUUGACCUGGACCGUUGGGAAGACAUAGGCUGUGUGCUGCCCUGGGCUUGGAGUGGCCUUCGGUGUGCAGUGCUGCAGCUGGCGGAGGGUGGGGAGGAGACAAGGGAGGGAGAGCCUGGGGAGGCACUAGAUUUAGUGUUGGGUUGA